AGUGACAGGCCACCUCUGCUCCACCACCGCCGCUCCACGUCGCGGCUUUUCUCCCUCCCCUCCGUCUCUCUCUCCGCCAGGCAUCCCAGACGCGGAGGCGGAGAUACCUUGCUCCCCGCACGAGAUUGUGGUCUCAACCUCCUGACGGCGACGGCGAGCCUCUCGGAGGCCACCUCCGAUCUAAGAGGUGCGCCCCUCCCUCGUUGCAAUCUGACCAACUUCUCCUCUCCACCAUCCCGCACCUUUCCUCUCCCUCUCAUGGCCCAUCCUCCACCCAAGCUCCGAUCCGACCCAAUGCGGCUAUGAAAUCUCUGCUGCUGUCCCACUGCCGCCGCCGUGCCGUAGCUUAGCGCCUCCGCCGUCGCCUCGCACCCCAAACCCCUGCAACCGUCGCGGCCACUGCCGCUCCCGUUCCACCUCAUCGCGAUCUUGGCCGUUGGCUUUUGAGGGCCUCUUAUGAACCCAGGGAUAGGAAACACGCAGGAUUGAAGUUGGAUCAUGCACCUUGUUUUCACUUGAUUCUGAUGGUUAUGCUUGUGGUUGAGCAUUGCCUCAUGGAGAAAAUAGAAUGCCAAACAUCAGCCUAUAAGUGAUAACUAAUCAUUAGCAGAACUAUUGAACCCUGAGUUUUCAUUUAUUUCGUCUUGGUUAUUGUGAGAAUGCGGAGGUUCAAUCCCUUUGGGGGGAAAGUACAGACUGGACUGGAAGGCCGCACCAUUGAUGUAAGGAAUGUGAAGAUCACAGUACGCAAUGCCAUUGCACAAGGAGGUUUCUCUUGUGUGUAUCUCGCAUGUGACGCGUUGCACUCGUCAAAGCAGUAUGCAUUGAAGCAUAUCAUUUGCAAUGACUCGGAAUCGCUUGAUCUUGUCACGAAGGAGAUCCAGGUGAUGAAUCUCCUCAAAGGGCAUGCCAAUGUCGUCACACUGGUUGCCCAUGAUGUUUUUGACAUGGGCCGCACAAAGGACGCAUUGCUUGUGAUGGAGUUUUGUGAGAAGUCCUUGGUGAGUGCGAUUGAGAGCAGAGGUACUGGUUACUAUGAGGAGAAGAAGGCGCUUUUGAUAUUCAGAGACGUCUGCAAUGCAGUUUUUGCUAUGCAUGGGCAGUCACCACCAAUUGCACAUAGGGAUCUUAAAGCCGAAAAUGUUCUUCUUGGAUUAGAUGGUGCAUGGAAACUAUGUGACUUUGGAAGCACGUCAACAAAUCAUAAAUGCUUUGACAAGCCAGAAGAUAGGGGGAUUGAGGAAGAUAUCAUUAGGAAGCAUACGACCCCGGCGUAUAGAGCACCUGAGAUGUGGGAUCUCUACAGAAGAGAAGUUAUUAGUGAAAAAGUUGAUAUUUGGGCCCUGGGAUGUCUUCUCUAUAGAAUAUGCUACUUCAAAUCCGCAUUUGAUGGAGAGUCGAAGUUGCAGGUCCUUAAUGGCAAUUAUCGCAUUCCAGAACAACCCAAGUACAGCACCAGUGUCACAGGGCUGAUCAAAGAUAUGCUGGAAGCAUCUCCAAAUGCCAGACCAGAUAUCACACAGGUCUGGUUUCGUGUUAACGAACUACUGCCUCUUGAGUUACAGAAGAGUUUACCUGAUGGGGCUUCAGCAGCAAUUUCUAUGGGCUUGCAGGACGAUGGUGCUUAUAAAAGAACACAUGUGACGCCUAAAAGGAACCCUCCUGCACCUCCAAGAGAACAAUCUGAUAACUCAUCAUCUCAUGGAAGUGCAAAUGCCGGAGAUGCACCUCUGGGUGCAUUUUGGGUGACCCAACAUGCACAGGGUUCUCAAGUUGUUGAUAAUAGGAAUCCCUUGUUUGACGAGGAGCCAAUUAAACCAUCACCUUCAUCAAAGUAUAACCAAAGUAGGGUGGAUAUCAGCACCACUACCCCUGGAGAUAGGCAUGGUCAUUCUGGUCAGGUUUUGCGAAAUACAGCAAGUAACACUGUAUCCAGUAAUGGACUUAAGGGUGGUUCGGACAUAAAUCUUUUCAUGGAACCACAAGGUUAUGUGAAAAAUAAAGCAUCACAGCCACAAAGCAAGACUAUAUCUGCGAAAGAUCCCUUCAACAGUUUUGUCGCAGAUUUUGAUGCAAACAAUCUGCACUCAGGGACUACUGCUACUGGUAGGAUAUCCGAGCUUGAAGCUGAAGUGUCCAAUCUGAAGGAGCAGUUGAAGAAAACCACGUCGGAGAAGGCUGAGAUGACAGCCAAGUAUGAAAAGCUGUCGGCAAUCUGCCGCUCCCAGCGCCAAGAAAUUCAAGAGCUGAAGCGCACCGUUGCUGAGACUACACCACCGCCUUCAAGUAAAGUCAGCUCAAGGAUACCAGAACUUGGAUCCCAGCGGAAGGAGAGGAUUGAAGGAACGGUGUGGGAACUAGAGCAAGGAAUGCUCUCAGGCAACUCCUCGGUACCCAGCUCUGAGGCAAAGACAUGGCAGGCAUUCCCUGAGGCAAAAGCUCAGGCCAGGCCAAAGGUCGACCAUGCAACCAAUGGGAGGCAAAACCUAACACGGAACACGAAUGCGGGGCCUUCCCCUGAUGCGUGGGGUUUCGGCACAUCAUCGGGUAGCACUGCUGCAGCAACACAGAUGAACAGAACAAAUGCCAAGGUGAGUUCCUCCCAGAGAUUGAGCACGGGGGCAGCAAAGAAAGUAGAUCAGCCAUCAGGAUGGGCCGGAUUCUAGCUUCUCAUCAGCACGCGGUAAUCUCGGUUCUCUUGUUUCUAAUCACAGGCUACUCUGCAAGUUGCAAAAGGAUGAGAUUUGUUGUGAUUGUUGCCUGCCCAAAAUUCGUUAUUUUAAGGGUGUUGAUAGUUGCUUGAGCCGACCUGGACGCCGGUUUUUCUGCGGUCGUUUGUCAAGUGCCUUGUUAAUAAAUUUUUAUGUUUACAUAUGUAUAUCUACUUGUACCUUGUACCAUGUGGAACUGUGGAAAUGUCCCUUUUAACUUGUGCUGUAAAAAGGACCGUAUGCUGAUUUACUCUUUCCUGA